AUAUCUGAUGCAGAUGACUUGCUUACAUGGGGGAGCGAUGAUACAGUCACGCGCUUCUUGAGAUGGAACUCCAUCAAAUCCAAACAAGAGGCAAUCGAUUACAUAGAGAAGGUUGCUAUGCCUCAUCCAUGGCGCCGAUCUAUAUGCCUCCAUGACCGCUCCAUUGGAUACGUUUCAGUGAGGCCCGGAUCGGGUGAUUACCGGUGCAAGGCGCACGUGAGCUACGCGGUGGCGCUGCAGCACUGGGGGAAAGGGAUAGCCACGGCCGCUCUGAGGAUGGCCAUACCGGAAGCUUUGAAGGAGUUUCCGGAGGUGGUGAGAUUGGAGGCGUUGGUGGAGGUUGAAAAUGAGGCCUCUCAAAGGGUUCUCCACAAAGUUGGCUUUCACAAAGAAGCCUUGCUACGUAAAUAUGCCUUCUGUAAAGGGCACAUCAGGGAUUUCCUUAUGUAUAGCUUCUUUCCUACUUGAACAGUGAACUUGUGCCUCCUCCUUCCAAAUGUUAUCAAACCGUGUGAUUUAUAAUGUUAAUUAAGCUUUAGUGCUAUUUACCUUUA